CGCGCUGCGGGAGCGCCAGGAGCUGCCGGCCGCCCUGGAGAAGUACAACCAGGCCCUGGACAUGGCUCCUUGCAAGUGUUCACUAAUAGCACAGCGGGCAGAACUCUGUACGUUGAUGAAAAACUACCAGCAAGCUCUUCACGACGCAGAUGUCCUCUGCCGAAACAAACCCCACUGGCCUGCGGGCCAUUAUGUGAAAGCAAAAGCUCUUUCUGGAUUGGAAAGGACUGAGGAAGCAUUGAAGGAGUUUCUUUAUUGUGUUGCCUUAAAUCCUGAAUGGAGCUCAAUGAAGAAAGAAGCCCAAAAGAUAAUGUGUGAGAUGUUUUUCCCAGCCUUUGAAAAUGUGCAUGAUAGUCUAACAGCACCUUUCUCUAGUCGAACAUCCCAUACAAGAUUGAAACCUGCAUUUCUGAGUAGCAUAAAUACACAGUCAGCUGUGGAAGAUAACUCUGUUGCUGGGUCCUCAAAGGAUACUGUGUUCAGGUUAACAAAAACCCCGUCCCAAGAAUCUGAUGUAUUCAGAAGCACUGAUUCUCCUGUUUCCCAUCAUGUUCUGGAUCUCUAUUUUGAAGACAACAAGAAGUCUUUGGGAGCUAUUCUCUCCAGUUUACCUGGGGUUGGCUUAAAAAGAAAGCUGUCCAGUGAUAUGAGGGAUUUACAGAGUUUGGAUGUCCCCAGUAAGAUUCCUAAAAAAGAUGCAGAUGUUUUACCUGAAAACACCACCGACACUUCAAGUGAGAUACCAACAACUCUGGUGGAUGCAUCAGACUUUGAGUGUUCCCUCUGCAUGAGGUUGUUCUACGAACCUGUUACCACACCCUGUGGACACACCUUUUGCCUCAAAUGCCUUGAGCGUUGCCUUGACCAUAAUCCACUUUGCCCACUCUGCAAAGAAAAGCUGUCAGAAUUUCUGGCAAGCAGAACUUACAAGAAGACCGUCCUUACAGAAGAACUGAUAGUCCGUUACCUGCCGGAGGAGUUAUCUGAAAGAAAGAAAGUUUAUGAGGAAGAAAUGAAGGAAUUGUCAAAUUUGAAUAAAGAUGUUCCCAUCUUCGUAUGUACCAUGGCCUUUCCUACCAUCCCUUGUCCGCUACAUGUCUUUGAACCUCGUUAUCGCCUAAUGAUAAGAAGAUGCAUGGAAACUGGUACCAAGCAGUUUGGCAUGUGCUUAGCUGAUGAAUUAAAAGGAUUUGCAGAUCAUGGCUGUAUAUUAGAGAUCAGGGACGUAAAGUUUUUUCCUGAUGGACGCUCAGUUGUUGAUACAGUUGGUGUCCGUCGUUUUAGGGUCUUAAGCCAUGGCCAACGAGAUGGAUAUAACACAGCAAACAUCGAGUAUCUUGAAGAUAAAAAGGUUGAAGGACCAGAAUAUGAAGAACUUGUUCGUCUUCAUGAUUCAGUUUAUGAUCAAGCUGUUGCCUGGUUUACUUCUCUUAAAGACAAUAUGAAAGUGCAAAUUCUCAAUCAUUUUGGGUCCAUGCCAGGAAAAGAACCAGAGCCACAGAGCAACCCCAGUGGUCCUGCCUGGUACUGGUGGCUCUUGGCAGUGCUGCCUCUGGAAAACAGAGCUCAGCUGGCUAUAUUGGCUAUGACCUCCCUUAAAGAUCGUCUUAUUGCCAUCAGACGCGUAUUGAUAUUUGUGACUCGCAAAAGACCCAGAUAACAUGGACUUCGGUUGAGUGGGCACUGAAAAAACAUCUCAUGAUAGGUCGUUCUAGGGGAGGGCAAAGGGGAGGGGUUGUUUUUGUAUUUUUCAAAGAUUCCUUCAAAAAAAAGCAGCCCUUUCUGACUAUGUCCUGCAUCCAUCGAUUGCAUCAGUUUGUUAUCCUGGGUAUUCACCAAACCUUGCACACUCUCCUGUUAUCCUGAUGAAAACUGAGCCUCUACAAAGCUGUGCUACAUUUAGAGUGUAGCUGAUGGAUGUGGAUAAUUGCUUCAAAGUACUGCGAUAGAGUUGAUGUUUCUAGCCUGCAAGAGAGUUAAGUACUAGAGUAGCACCAUUGGCCUGCAUGUGAUUUGGAUUUUCACUUGGUAGGAAAAGGAAACUGAACAAUGGAUUGAAGAGGUGUUUCCUAGACUUGUAGUGAGCAGAAGAGGAGUUGUUGCUACCCAGCAGAAGUAUGCAUGAAGACUAUAACUGACACUACUGUCUGUCAGUGAAUCGGAAGGCACUCUGUCAUAAACCCACAUCUCGCUUUCUCUCUCCCUCUCUCUCUCUCUCUCUCUCUCUCUCUCUUCAGCAAAUAGUAGUCUGAGGAAAAAACAAGCAUUUGUGGUCAAGGCAUCUGAGGAUGUUUGAUGAAAGAAUAAUAGCUACUGAAUAAGUACACUAUUAAGUAGCCUUAGGUAAUCCCUCCUUUGUGAUUUAUGUGUUGUAGCAGAAUGAGUAUGUACAAAAUGUUUGGAAAGGUGUACUUUGGUUUCUUUGAAAAGAAAAACCAAAGUAAUCCUAGCAGGUCUUACCGCUAAAUUCAAAUCAAGCCGCUCCCUAAAGUAUGAUAAACACUGCUGUGAAAUAAUGAUUUCACCCCAAGUAGGAGGGAGGCAUGCUGCAGUUUACUCUGAGCACCUGCUCUGCGAGUGGGACCAGCGAGGAUGAAAGAUGGGGAGGUUUCCAUCUCCCUCCUUCCUGCAGUGUCGUGCCAACCUCCCGUUACAUUGAGGUGAUCUCUACUGAACGUGUUUCAAACCGAAAGUAUUGUAGUUUAGUACCAGUUGCUGUAUGUGAUGGGAAUCAGUCCACAGUAACACCGUGAAAGGAGUCACAAACCGAACCUAUAAAGGCAAGUCUCAAUGCAAGCUUAAGUCAGGUGUUAACCUUCAUUUGUCUCUUUGAUUAUUUUUUAUGUAUUAUUUUGUUAUUAUCUAAUUUUGAUAGCUAUUAAAUUGAUCGCUUGUCAGUCAAAUGAUCAAUAUUAGCUCAACUGCCAAUGAAAUAACUCAGUGUUACCAAUUCAGUUGGCACAGUUUCCUAUAACUAGAACUGAUACUACCAACAGGGAAAAAAAAUUGACUUGAAUCUCCAUGUGCUGCAAGUAUAGCAAGACCAAUGUAAAGACUUGUUCAUGUGCAGAAGUCUGGUAAGAAGAAAUGGCUGCUUACCUACAUGGUCAAAGUGCCUGGUUUCUUUUUUAGUUCUUUUGUCCUUAUUUGUCAAUGAAGAGGUAUUUAAACUUUUUUUUUUCCACUUUGCACAUGAAUUCUGGAAGAAGACUGCAUUAAAAUGCCGUGAUUGAGAUAUAUUUCCUGCUCUCUUUGGGUAUUGUAGUUAUAACCUGUGUGGUCUGGGAAACAAAAAUUGAGAGUUUUUUUUCCUUUCAGCAAAUGGCUACCACAAAUGGUUUCUGUAACAUACCCUGAAUGUACUGUAACUGCCUCUACCUUGAACACGCCUUUUCUAUUUAAGUAGUUUGUAAGUAUAUUCUCUGAAUUGUGAAGUGCAUAAUGUACAACCAAUGAUGUCAUAACCUCUACAGUAGCCUUCUGCAAGUUCUGCUACCACCACCAAAAUACUCAAAAUUCAAGUUAAAUGCAUUUCCUCCAGGAUUUGAAGAUGAGGAAGAGGAAUUCAUUGAAGUGUAAAGGACUGGUUAAGUACGUGGGGGAGGAAAUGUCAGAAGUCAGUAGGUCUUCAGCCCACUGUCAGCUGAGCUACUGAAAGGUGAUUUCACAAACUAAUUCUCGGACCAGAAGAUGGACUGUAUUUGAUCUUGCAAUCCUUUCUGUUCAGCUUCCUGUUCUUCCCAUUCCUUUCCAUGCUGUGUAUUUCUUCGAGACUCACUCAUCUUGCUUGUUUGUGUGUCUGCCUAGUUUUGAGUAUUACUAGCUUAGCUGAAAGAGGAUGCCAAUUGUAUUUGUAUAUUGCUGGUCCCGAUCUUAUAUGUGCUUAAUUUUACAGAUAGGAGUGCAUUUAAGAAAAAAAAUAUCAAGGUGCUAGUUAGUGUCUUCUUGGCUUUGCCUCAGUAAACGUUAAUGUUAAUAUUCUUCUUUGCAAAAGUGAUUUGUUCAAGAUACCUACUUUUGAGGUACUUCUGAGAGAAAACCCUAUGGAAAAAGAGAGGUUGUUUACUGCUGUUCUGUAAUGUGUAAAGACAUUCUACAUAGGAAGUGACAUUACUGUGUUCAUGAAGGCCUGCAUAGUUAAUGGAGUGAUUGAUAUUGAAAAGAAAGCGGAACUUUCUUUUCCCUGUAGAGGGAUUUUUUUUUAGUCAAGGUUUAAAGCGGUUUGUGAAUAUUUCAGUGACUGAUGUUUUGGAUAAAUGAUAAUAACAAGGGAAUUGUCUGUGUAUGGAUGCAAAUAAUCAUAUUAGCAGCCCAAAGCUGACUUUUCCUCCAAAACAUUGAAUGCUGAUCAAAUAGCAAAGCUUUAAUAAAUAAAUGAAAUCACCACUGCCCUGUGGUACUUGCUUUCUAAGGGAAAGUACCAGUUUCAUUUUUACCAAAUCACCUCUGCCAUAUAAUAUCUACAGCAUCCAGUAGUACCUCACAGGAAAAGCUAGCUAUCUUAUUGCUCUCUAGAGGAGAUGUCCAUGUUACAGCCAGUCUAUGCUUAGGUGUAACUUGUCGCCAAGGUACAUGUGAAAGCAUUGGAGCUGAGCUCCUGGAAGAGAUAGACAGGAUUCGUUGCCUUUCUAGCUCAUUACACUUUUCUUGCUUGCUAUCCAAGCAAGGAUGCUGGGAUAUAUGAUGAGUCUUUUCACUGUGGUGAAUGUGGCCCUUCUUUAUACAUCGUAAAGAGGCCAAAAAGAAAAAAAAAAAUCCCUCUACCUCUACACCUGUUGUUCACCUGUAAAAUUUCAAGCUACAAAAUGAUAUAUAUAUUUUAACCUUUUUUGUCUUUCAGAAGCAUACUAAUUGUUUGCCACUGAGGCCUUUUAUCUACUGUAUUUUAAUAUGUUCAUUUGAUAGUCAUCAAGAUCUCUUUGUACUUCUAACCUGUAGAACUUGUCAUGUUUCUUACUGCUCUUUUUUCCCUGUUCUCCAGUCCACUUUUAAAUUGAUAAAUAGAAAGCUGUACACUCUCUAUUCCUGUUACAUUUUACACAGUGGAACUGGUAUUUUGGUAGCGCCUUAAUUUUGCAGUUGUGAAAUGAUUGUAUCAACUCUUAUCUGGGGCUUCUGACCAGAUGCAAACGAGUAUGUUUAAUGUAGAUAAACUUGAAACCAUUUUUUACUGUUUUAAAGCUAGAAAUUAAAUGGAGUGUGUACAUAUGUAUAAAUAUAAAUUAUUAAUCUGCACCUUUUUGUAUCUAGUAAAUACAGGAGAAGUUCAUGUUCUAACCACAUUUGGCACUUUUUGUUGCAUAAACAAAGCCAAAACUUUUUUUAAAGAUUGCAAUGUUCAUUUCAUGUAUAUUUGCAAUAUUCAUGGGAAAUGUAUUUAAUUUAUGUGAUAUUUGGAAUAAACCAGGUUGAAUUUAUAAG